AGUCGCCGUCAGGCGACCCUUCCUAUACCACGCGCUCACGCGGCCCUUUUCCUUUUCUCUUACUACACAAAUGAGAUGAGUCCCACACGGCUCGAAACAUCAGAAAACCAUAGGAUGAGAUUCCUCUAGCAGUUUCGUUUUGUUACCACGGUUCACGGCUGUUCACAUUCCACGCGCCUCCCCUUCAAUCCACGCGCCACCUCUCUCCAUUUCAAUUCCUAUCUUCUUCUUUUUCCCUGUGAAAGAAAGAUCUGAAUAAAGGAGAUUCGAUGGUAGAGACUAGUUGAGGUUUGGAGGUGGCGAGUACAUUUGUUUUUUGUAAUUUAAUGAAAGAGGGACAUCUACUGAUGCUGAGAAGAAGAUGGGAGGAGUCACGUCGUCAAUCGCCUCGAAAUUCGCUUUCUUCCCGCCAAAUCCCCCGUCGUACACAGUCGUAGAGGACGGGUCAUGCGUUGGUCGCCUGUAUAUACCGGAGGUACAGAGGAGGGAUGAUGUCGACGUCUUGAAUCUACGCACCCGCCGAGGAAACGACAUCGUAGCUGUCCAUAUAAGGCAUCCCAAAGCUACCGCUACUCUCUUGUAUUCUCAUGGAAAUGCCGCUGAUUUGGGACAAAUGUUUGAGCUUUACGCCGAGUUGUGUAAUCGCCUUCGAGUUAAUCUUAUGGGGUAUGAUUACUCUGGCUACGGACAGUCGACUGGAAAGCCAACCGAGUGUAAUACAUAUGCAGACAUAGAUGCAGCAUAUAUGUGCCUUAAGGAACGGUAUGGAGUUAAAGAUGAAGAUUUAAUAUUAUAUGGACAGUCAGUUGGUAGUGGACCUACUGUCGAUCUUGCUUCUCGUUUGCCAAACUUGAGAGGAGUUGUUCUACAUAGCCCGAUUUUGUCUGGCAUGAGAGUAUUGUACCCAGUCAAAAGGACCUACUGGUUUGACAUUUAUAAGAAUAUUGACAAAAUUGGAGCAGUGAACUGUCAAGUCUUGGUAAUUCAUGGGACAGCAGACGACGUUGUUCAUUAUUCCCAUGGAAAACAGCUUUGGGAGCUUUGCAAGAAUAAGUACGAGCCUCUGUGGGUAAAUGGAGGAGGACAUUGCAAUCUGGAGAUCUACCCAGAAUUCAUUAGACAUCUGAAGAAAUUUGUACUAUCUUUGAACAAAUCAAAAGCAGCUGCAAAUGGCUCUGAAAAAAUAGUGGUGAGCCCUGAGAAUCAGAGCAACAAACCAUCCAAGGGUGGAACUUCCGAUACUUUCGAAUUGAGCGCCGACCUUCCGGAAGUUUCGAGAAACAGUUUGGAUAGCCGUCUUGAGAAGUCGAAGAAGUCAAGUAAGCCCGAGAAGUCUCGGAUGAGCACAGAUCGCGUGGACAGAUUUAGGAGAAAAAAGGGCUUGGUUUGGUGAUGUGUUUACAACUCGAAUAAAUACGAUGUAUGUAUCCCAUGUAUUCCCAGUCCAGUUGGGGAGGUAAUUGUACUUGUGUAUUUGUAAUGUUACAUUGGGGUCCGGCAUAAGUCAUCAGAUUUUUGUCAUAAAUGUUAUGAUUUUUCAGCCUGUAUUUUAAGAAAACAAGUUCGAUUAAGUUUUGAAAUGUAAGAUUAUGAAUUCUUGUGUAAGAACAGCCUCUGCCUCGAUGCUAAAUGAAAAGUAUUCUGGUGGUUUCUGCCAUUGAU